CAGCAGCAGCAGCAGCGAGCAGCAGCAACGCAAGACGGGGAAGGAAGCUGUGAAAUCUCCCAAGUCUCAUUCUCGACGUUUCUCAGCAGAUACGUCUCCAAGUCGAGCACACAGAGCAGCAAUAAGUUGUGCCGCAGUCAUGUACCUGAAGGUGUUUUUCGUCGCUGUAGCUUUGGCUUUGAUUGGCGCUUCAGCCGCGACAGAGUCAGAUGGAUGUACUGGCCUCUUAUGUGAUGCAUGUGGCACCACCAGUGACUGCCAGUGGGUUAAUUGCUCAACACCAUUUUUUGGCUGUCGCAACAUGACUCUUAAUUCGGAAAAUGUGACCUGCAGCAACGCCAGCUGCUCAGCUGCCGUCACAACCGCCUCAACUCCAACUUCUUCUGCUUCUACGACUGUUACCCCUCACUCUACAGCCUCCCCUUCCCCUGUUGCCACCACCACCUCUAAAAGCAGCACCCCUCAGCCCACCACAGAAAAUACAAACACUUCCACAAUUGCCCCGACUCACAGCGGUAACACCUCCAGCUCUACGACUGUACCCUCUACUUCAACUGGAACCAGUACAACUACCACACCGAUUGCCCCUUCUCCUGCCCCUCACAAGAACUCAACCUUCGACGCUGCGAGCUUCAUUGGUGGAAUAGUGCUGGUCCUGGGCCUGCAGGCAGUCAUCUUCUUUUUGUACAAAUUCUGCAAGUCCAAGGACCGCAACUAUCACACCCUUUGAAGCAGCUGCGCUUUCGGAUACCACAUUACCCCCAACCGACCACCAAGAACCUUCCGAGAAGACUCUCCACUCAGCACACACUCAUCAUGACGGACUCAAACAGUGUUUUCAAGCAGGUUUUCUAGCUCUUUGAUGUUUGUGCCACUUGUGGUUUUCAGCCUGCAUUAACGCUGCCAUCACGGUCUGUAUCCAGCCACCCACGCAUGCCUGUACGUAUGAUAUUGCACCAACUAGUAUAACUGAACAGAUCCCCAGUGAUAUGGCAGUUAAGCCUCGAGCAUAUGGAUCACAUCAUCUGGUAGCUACUCCCACUUCCGUCACACCAUGAGUCAUUCAACGAAGACCAUUUUCAAGCGAAUUGAAGGGGUUCUUGUUAUUUCCAGCACCUCUCCUCAUGGCUUUCGUAAUGAAAUACAUCACAAAAAAACGAGUUAGUCACAUAAACCAAGUAGCUUUCCUGUUGAUGCUUGGGAGUAGUGCAGCUACAGAGUGGUAGAAGUUAGAGCAUUUUUUUUGUCUUGAUUUGGAAACACUGUUUGAGUUCACAGCUAUUCUUAAAUGUGACGACUGCGAUGAUUCAGUAUUGCUUUUAGCCUGUUGAAUCGUGGGCAGGUUCCCUCUUCCCCCAUGCAGCUGUAUCAUGUAUAUGUGUUCAUAGAUGAUGUAAAAGAGGUGGCGUUAUUUACGAGGGAAUAAAAGCAACACCCAAUCAUCUGAUGUCAGACUGAAAAAAAAAAACAGCAAUUCUUUUUUUUUUUUUUUUUUCGAUGGGUGACUCCCUUGGCAUUUAGGAGUGUUGUGCAUUUUCUGCCAUUGACUUCCUGGAGGGGAAGUCUUUUACCCAAUACCAGUUGUUAAAAAAUGUCAAACACCAACUGCCAAUAGAGCAGCUCAAUGCAAUAAUUCAUGUAUCAAGUUCAUUUCCCAUCCUUUUAAUGUCCCAACUGUUAUUUCUGAUCUCUGCAGACAUCAAAUAUUUCCCAGUCGUGUCGCUAACCUUCAGCUGGCACUUUGGUCCCAUUUCAGUGGAGUAGUCAAACAGGGCCUGUGGGUCACAAUGAAAGAUUGUAGAAUAUUUUAGGAAGAUGAAUAAUUAAUUUGUUUAAAUAAUGUAUAAAAUAGAGAAUGGGGAGAUAAAGAAAAAUGGUAUGCACCUUUCUUGAUGUGGACAGUGAUAGCAGUAAAGUGCCUUUAAUGUCCAGUAUGACUUAAAGAGAGAUGUGGAAGAGUUUGUUUCUUCCUGGUUGAGGCUCGAGUGUUGUGAUUAGUUUUAUGUUCGUUGAAAGAAAUGGUAUCGCGGUGCUGAUAUUGGUCAGGACCGUAGUCUCCCAGCUGGACUGAAGAGCCUUUGUUGAAGAAUACAGUAGAUAGUUGUAACUCGUUGGCCUUGAUCAAUGGAGACUUGUUAUUGAUAUUCAACAUCUAAUUGAAGUUUUUCCCUAAAAGUAGAGGACUAUAUUCGGUGCAUGAAACCAACGGUCUUCUCACUGGUGACCCUAUAUAAAUGAAUAACUUAAAGGUACUCUCCCAUUUGUUGCACCCAACACUGCCCCCAAAAUUCCUCCCACCUCACUAUUUAUGUUUCAGAACUCAAGUUAUAAAUCGUGUUGACUUGCGUUGACACAAACAAUGACCUGGCAGGAAAUUUUGGCGCGUUGUUAGGUGCUAUAAAUCCGGGAGUGUAGCUUUAACAAAGAGGCUUAACUCAAAGCCUUGGAGUAUCGGGAGAGUUUAGAGCGAGGUAAAAAAAAAUGAUGGACUGUAUGAGUGCUGGUUUGGUGAAGUGAACAUUGCACCUCCUGAUUUCUGGUUUUUGCCGCGUACAUGAGAGGAUUGUGAAGGAAGUGCGGAACUGCAGCAGCUAGGUGGCCAUGCUAGAGCUCGAGUUCUCCAAUUAGCUUGCUGCUAACUGUGUUGUUGUUUUUUUUUCCUGUCAUUUUUGUCCUUCCUGUACAUAGAUAGCCAUGUACCUGUUUUUGUUUAUCUUCUAGGUUUCAACUUGAGGAAAGGCUAAAUGAAGGAGCGUUUAUCAGUACAUUUUUGCUUGUAGCGGCUUGUCAGUGUUGAGAAUGUUUUGUUAAAUGCCCUUUUUUUAAUUAUUGCAUGCUUGGAGUUGUGAUUUUUCCUCCCAUUGCAUAUGCUCUUAGGGAUGUAGACACUUAAGAACCACUUGAUUAUUUGUAAUUUUAGCCCAUAUGCUAGUUGAAAGAAUGCCUUGAAACAGUGUGCAUUAAGCCAAAGUCCUCAGUUUUGGCAUGGAAAUUGAGCAUUGCACUGACAAGCUUUGUUUUGUAACUUUGUCUUUGUAAAUGUUUUCAUGGUUCAGCCAAAAAAAGAAAAACCAGAUGCUUGUAUAAAUACUCAGUCUUGAAUAUUAACUAGAUAAUGGAUGAAUCAUCUUGUUUUGUAUGACCACAAGCGGUAAGAAAUUCAUGAGUGCAGAUGUUUUUUUUUUUUUGUUCUGGCUUGCAUAAUUUAAGAUAACGAUGUUUUCUGCUGCUCACCAUUAACACGCCUUUUAACCUACAGUCACCUGGUGGCAUUAGGCUACAGCCCAAAGACCCAAUCAUGACGAGUAGGCUACAGAGUUUUCGCCUUAGCUGCACCCAUUUGCUCUAUUCUGUGCAUGUGGAGUCCCUUCGCCCAAAAUUUAGAGAAACAUUUGAGUUUCGUCAACCACUGAAUCCAGUCAGAGUGCGCUCUCUGCUUUCGACAUGUUAGCUGCAUUCCUUACGAACACAGCAUCACAUGUUUGACAUUGUGGUGUACCAAAACACCUCUGGUAUCCAUAGAUACCAAUAGAUGUCCAUUGUGUUGCCUCUCUGCAGCUUAUCCCACAAGUCACUAACUCAGUCCCUGCACCUCUUUAAGGAAAAGUGCCUUAUUCAGUUAAUAUCCAUGUAGUUGUAGUUUGUAAAAAUGAGACGUCACACCUAUUAAAUAUCAAUGGGACUCUUUCAGAGCACUUUCAAACCCCUGUGAAGUGGUUUUCUGUGUUGUAUUUUUGCUUAAAUGUCUGCUUUGUCACUCUCAGCCUUAACUUCUCGAUCAAACCCACUGAGCGUUUGCUAGUGACAAGCUGUCCAGGAAACUACCAGGCUACUUUUGUUUGUUUUGAAAAGUUUGUUAGCUGGCAUUUUAACAGCAUUUAAAUGCCUACGUUCUGACCCAACCACACAAUAGAAUUAUAGGCAUUUAAAUGCUGCUAAAAUGGCUAUGAGCAGCUAUUGUUUGGUAUAGCUGGCAUAAUUCUCAACUGGAUGAAGCCUCAGUUGUGUCCGAGACAGCUUUUCACUUCCUAAAAUAUCUCUCUGGUAAUGUUUCAACCACAGCCACAAACCUCUAGUAUUCUAGUAUAACUGCAACAUUUCCUCUAUAACGCAAAAAGUCACACAAUGACUCGAGCUUCACUUUUGUUUGUAUUUUUCAGUUGUUGCAUUGAAUGACUUGUUUUUCCUGUCCUUUCAGUUCUGCUUACUCAUCCUAUCAGUUUUCAGCCUUGCAGUGUUCAAUUCCAAGAGUGUCGAGUAAAAAGCUUUUUGAUUCCCUC